UCCCACCCCACUCGGACGCGGCGCCCCCGAGUGCUGCGCGAGGCGUGCGCGUGCCCGCCCGGGACCCCCGGCCGCUGCUCGGGAGCGAGCCCCGCGGCGCUGCGUGGGAGCCCACCAUGUCCUUCCCCGGCAAGAAGAGCGCGUCCCGGAGCGCGAGUGACCGCCUUCUGAUCCGAGGGGGCAAGGUGGUGAACGCCGACCAGUCCUUCUACGCUGACCUGUACGUGGAGGAUGGCCUCAUCAAGCAGCUCGGAGAAAGCCUCAUCGUCCCCGGGGGUGUCCGGACCAUCGACGCCCAUGGGCUGCUGGUGCUGCCAGGAGGCAUCGAUGUACACACCAGGCUGCAGGUGCCCGUCCUGGGCAUGACCCCGGCCGACGACUUCUGCCAGGGCACCAAGGCGGCCCUGGCAGGGGGCACCACCAUGAUACUGGACCACGUGUUUCCCGAGGCGGGCGUGAGCCUGCUGGCGGCCUACGAGCAGUGGCGAGAGCGUGCGGACAGCGCUGCCUGCUGCGACUACUCCCUGCACGUGGACAUCCCCCGCUGGCACGAGAGCACCAAGGAGGAGCUGGAGGUCCUGGUCAAGGACAAGGGUGUGAACUCCUUCCUGGUUUUCAUGGCCUACAAGGACAGAUACCAGUGCUCUGAUGGCCAGAUGUACGAGAUCUUCAGCAUCAUCCGGGAGCUGGGAGCCUUGGCCCAGGUGCACGCGGAGAAUGGCGACAUCAUAGAGGAGGAGCAGAAGCGGCUGCUGGAUCUGGGUGUCACCGGCCCGGAGGGCCACGUGCUCAGCCGCCCCGAGGAGGUGGAGGCCGAGGCUGUGUUCCGUGCGGUCACCAUCGCCAAACAGGCCAACUGCCCCCUGUACGUGACCAAGGUGAUGAGCAAGGCUGCGGCGGACACGGUGGCGCGAGCCCAGCGCAGAGGGCUGGUCGUGUUCGGCGAACCCAUCACGGCCAGCCUGGGCACCGACGGCUCUCACUACUGGAGCAAGACCUGGGCCAAGGCCGCAGCCUUCGUCACCUCGCCCCCCAUCAGCCCGGACCCCACCACCGCUGACCACCUCAGCUUCCUGCUCUGCAGUGGGGACCUCCAGGUGACGGGCAGCGCCCACUGCACCUUCACCACGGCCCAGAAGGCCGUCGGCAAAGACAACUUCACCCUCAUCCCCGAGGGCACCAACGGCGUGGAGGAGCGUCUCUCCGUGGUGUGGGAGACGUGUGUGGCCUCGGGGAAGAUGGACGAGAAUGAGUUCGUCGCUGUGACCAGCACAAACGCGGCCAAAAUCUUCCAUUUGUACCCCCGGAAGGGGCGGGUGGCCGUGGGCUCUGACGCCGACCUGGUGCUCUGGAACCCCAAGGCCACCAAGAUCAUCUCGGCCAAGAACCACAACCUGAACGUGGAGUACAACAUCUUCGAGGGCCUGGAGUGCCGCGGGGCGCCCGCCGUGGUCAUCAGCCAGGGCCGGGUGGUGCUGGAACACGGCAGCCUGCUGGUCACCCCCGGGGCCGGGCGCUUCAUCCCCCGGAAGCCCUUCCCCGACUUCGUCUACAAGAGGAUCAAGGCCCGGAACCGGCUGGCCGAGAUCCACGGUGUCCCCCGAGGCCUCUACGACGGGCCUGUCCACGAGGUGAUGGUGCCCGCCAAGCCGGGGGGCGGCGCCCAGGCCCGCGCGUCCUGCUCCAGCAAGGUCUUCGUGCCGCCCGUGCGCAACCUGCACCAGUCGGGCUUCAGCCUGUCGGGCUCCCAGGCCGACGACCACGUGGCCCGCCGCACCGCGCAGAAGAUCAUGGCCCCCCCGGGGGGCCGCUCCCACAUCACGUCCCUGUCCUAGGCCCCC